AUAUAAAAAGUUCAAAUAAUCAAUUUUACAAUUGAUGUUCAAUGGACCAGAGGAACGGAGAACGCCGGGGAAUCCAGCCGGAAUUUCACCGGAACCCUCAUCCUGCACCGCCGAAUUGGCCUUCCGACGACUCUAUCUCUCGUAACGAUGGGAACUUAGACAAUAACAGAAGAAACUUUCCCGGCGACGGCAAUCACUACAAUCGCCGGCAACAUCACCAGCAUCACCAUCGGAAUCCGAAUUUUGAGCAAAACUUCGGUGGUUUCGCGCCUUUUCCGGCCCGUAAGAGACCUUUCGAUCAAGCAAGCUCUGACUUUCUGGAUUGUGGCAGUUUUGUGAAACUCUAUGUUGUAGGAGUUCCAAGGCCAGCAGAAGAAGAAGAUGUCCGGUCUGUUUUUGCUGCACAUGGGCACAUUGUUGAGUUUGUUCGUCUCACGGAUAAAGGCACCGGUCUGAGGAAAGAAUGCUGUUUUGUGAAGUAUAGAACGCUAGAUGAAGCUAAUAGGGCUAUUGUAGCAUUCAAUGGUCGAUAUACUUUCCCUGGGGGUGAGUUUCCCUUAACAGUUAGGUAUGCUGAUGGGGAACGUGAUCGUCUUGGAAUCUUGACCGAACACACUCAGAAACUUUAUGUUGGUGGUCUGAGGAAACAAGCUUCCAAAAAUGAAAUUGAGCAUGUAUUUUCUCCAUAUGGGAUUGUUGAAGAAAUCUACUUAAUUGCUGAUGAACUAAAACAACGUCGUGGAAGUGCUUUUAUCAGGUUUGCUUGUAGAGACAUGGCAGUUGCGGCUAUGAAUGCACUACAUGGCACCUAUAUAAUUGAAGUAUGUGAGCACCCGUUGGUUAUUCGAUUUGCAGAUCCUAAGAAGCCCAAGGUGGGAGAGUCGAGGGCGCCAUCCCUUAUGAAUGAGCAAUUCAAUGGGAAUAUAGGAGCUAACCAGUCUAAUCACCAGAGUCCAAAUCAGACUCCAAAUAACAGAAGCAAUCCUCAGACAGUUUUCAGCACUCUUGUUGGAUCAGAUAAUGUUUUGCCAUCAGCUGCAUCUUUUGUCAAUGCAAAAUCUUUAAAUGCUGAGAUGGUGGAGUCCAUAGAUUGUGAAUGGAGUGACCAUAUCUGUCCUGAUGGAAACUUAUAUUAUUAUAACUGUGUAACGUGUGAAAGCAGGUGGGAGAAGCCUGAGGAGUUUGCACUUUAUGAAAAGAAAUUAGAAAAGCUAGAUCUACAGCAACAGGAUCAGCACAAUUUAAAACUUCCAGUAUGUAACACUCCAGAAGUUUCUCAAAUGCGUCAGAUCCUUCACGAAAAUAUCUGCCUGGAAACAAAAACCAAGAUAAAGUAAAAAUAGUUGAAAAGGGAUGGAUCAAAGAUGUUCCUGCUGACAGAAAAUUAUUUUAUUCGGGUGACGGGAUUCUUUUUUUCUUUUUAUUUUUCGUUUCGUUCAAGAAAAUGGCUGUAAUAUCAGUGGCUGCUUUAAUGUUGGUUGAUAUUAUCUCCAGACAUUGUUAUGUCACAAAUAUAUUCAGUGAACAGCCACAAAUUAUAUUUAACAUGGGGCCACAGUCAUUUGUGAAGAAAGCCUUCUGUGUAAAGAUUACUUUAGCUACUCUAUGUGGUUCCUAGGGAUCUCCUUAUUGUGCCAAACAGAGUAUUUGCAAUAUAGCAUCUCAUCUUUUGUCAUGUAUUCAUUAUCUGUACUGCUACUGAGGUAGUUAUUCCAAGCAACAGAGGCUACUUUCUGGAAGCGUAGAAGUCAAACAUUUGGGAAGAUAAAAGAUGCUAAUGCUGUCCUUAUGCCUAACUUUGACAAUCUGUAAAGAGAAAAUACGGUGGAUAUUGUUUGGCUUUUUACUUCUCAUUCAUCUUGCUAGAAAAGCUACCUUUUCUAUGAAUAAUCAUGGGUCAUUCUUUUGCGUAUGCUCACAGGCAUUUACCUAGAAAGUUUUUUUCUUCUUCAAAUUGAUUUAUGGUUAAAUUAUCCUUAAUGUCAAAGUAAGACUUCCCAGGAAAGGGGUUUCUCAGAAUGUUUUUGUCAUUGUGAAACUAUAACCUAAAGGCUGGGUUUUGGAAAAGCUGUGAAUUGCCAUUGCUUGCACUUUGGAGAUAGCAAACAAAAGAUCUUGUGAAACAUUAGAUUUUCAUAUAUCAUAGUGAAAUAGAGACCUAUCGAAAGCGAAUAGUUAAGAAUUUCACAUGGCUUCAGAAAUUCCAAUAGUAGCUUUGAAACUAGUGACUGGCUCAGACCCUGUAUAUGUGUUAAAACUUAAAAGAACCACUAGAUAAGUACAAAUAACAGAUUUCUACAACAAAACAUAUCUAGUGAAAUUCCACAAAGUGGGGUCUGAGGAGGGUAGAGUGUAUGUAGACCUUACCCCUACCUCAUGGAGAUAGAGAGGUUGUUUCCUAAAGACCCUCGGCUCAAGUGAAGCAGAUCAAAGUAGUAAUGAAAAGG